AUGGCUCCCGUUGACCAGACCAAGCGCACUUUCACGCUCAACACGGGCGACAAGAUCCCCGCCGUCGGCCUCGGCACGUGGCAAUCCGCCCCCUCGGAAGUCUACCACGCCGUCCUCGCCGCCCUCAAGCACGGCUACCGCCACAUCGACACGGCCCUCGCCUACGGCAACGAGAACGAGGUCGGCGCCGCCAUCCGCGACUCCGGCGUGCCCCGCGCCGACAUCUGGGUCACCACCAAGCUCGACAACCCCUGGCACAAGCGCGUGCCCGAGGGCAUCGACGCCUCCCUCAAGCACCUCGGCCUCGACUACGUCGACCUCUACCUCAUGCACUGGCCCAGCAGCACCGACCCCGCCGACCUCUCCAAGCAUCACGAGGGCUGGGACUUUGUCGACACCUGGCGCGAGCUGCAGAAGUUGGCUGGCACCGGCAAGGUCCGCAACUUGGGCGUCUCCAACUUUGGCAUCAAGAACCUCGAGAGGUUGCUCAACGACCCUUCGUGCAAGAUCGUCCCCGCCGUCAACCAGAUCGAGCUUCACCCCUGCAACCCUUCCCCAAGCUCGUCGCCUACAACACCUCCAAGGGCAUCCACUCCACCGGCUACUCGUGCCUCGGCAGCACCAACUCCCCCUGUACACGAACCAGACCCUCCUCGACAUCGCCAAGGCCAAGGGCCGCACCCCCAGCAGGUCCUCCUCAUGUGGGGUCUCCAAAAGGGCUGGAGCGUUAUCCCCAAGUCCGUCUCCGAGAGCCGCAUCCAGGCGAACUGGGACGUCGACGGCUGGGAGCUCACCGACGACGAGGUCGCCCAGCUCGAUGCCAUCCCCGACAGGUUCAAGGUGUGCGGUGACGCCUGGUUGCCCAUCCGCGUCUUUUUCGGCGAUGACGAGUAA